UAUUUAGGCUGCCCCCGAAAAAGUCAUACUCAUCGGGGCAUUAAGGCAUCACCCCACACCACGUGUUCUUUCCUUCCAACACCAACAUCAACACCUGCCCGGCUGCCCCCCUUUCUUCUGCAGUUGUACGGUCAUCACCUUCUUCUUCUUCUUCUUCGUCUUCCCUCUCUCUUUCUCUCUCCUCACUGUAAACAAACAAAAAUGGUGAAUGAAAAUGAGAAACAGAAGAAGCAGCAAAAGAAGAAAGUUCCAGAUUGGUUAAACUCGUCACUCUGGUCUACGCCUUUUCCAUCUGCUACCAACCUCACCAAAACCGAAGAUCGAACGACUUUCUCUGAUGAUGGACUCAUUACACGAACAACUGAUCGUCCGACUUCUUCUGAUGGAGUUGUCAUCACCCGUCCUCCGUCUCCAGUACGACCACCACCUCCACCUCCUCCGCCUUCGUCUCCGCCUUUUCAGUCGUCGGAUUCCAAUGGCACUUCCACUUCCUCUGCCUCUCCUUCCCCCGAGGAGAUCGCUCGCCAAGCUCAGCUCUUAGUCGAGCUGUCGAAGAAGGUGAUUAAUAUGAGAGAAAUCAGGAGGCUAGCAUCCAUGGGUCUUCCUGAUGCUCCUGUCAUCCGUUCUACUGUCUGGAAGCUUCUAUUGGCAUAUUUACCCAGUGAUCGAGCAAUGUGGCCGUCUGAAUUAGCCAAGAAGAGGUCCCAAUACAAGCAUUUCAAGGAUGACCUCUUAAUGUCUCCCUCAGAAAUUUCGAGGAAGCUGGAGAAGUCGUCGCUUGCUGAUAAGGAUGAGCUGAAAGGUGAAAGUCGUUGCGUACUCUCUAGAUCAGAAAUUGUUCAAGAUGAGCAUCCUCUUAGCCUUGGGCAAUCCAGUCUAUGGAAUCAGUUUUUUCAGGACACAGAGAUCAUCGAGCAGAUUGAUCGGGAUGUGAAAAGAACUCACCCAGAUAUGCACUUUUUCUCUGGGGAUACGGUUUCUGCAAAAUUAAAUCAAGACGCACUGAGGAACAUUUUGAUCGUAUUUGCUAAGCUAAACCCUGGCAUAAGAUAUGUACAAGGAAUGAAUGAGUUAUUGGCACCUCUCUUCUAUGUUUUUCGAAAUGAUCCAGAUGAUGAAAACUCCGCUGCUGCUGAAGCAGAUACAUUCUUUUGUUUUGUUGAGUUGCUUAGUGGGCUCAGGGAUAAUUUCUGUCAGCAACUUGAUAACAGUGUUGUUGGAAUUCGUUCCACAAUCACCAAAUUGUCACUACUUUUAAAGGAACACGACGAAGAACUUUGGCGUCAUUUGGAGAUCACGUGUAAGGUUAAUCCCCAGUUUUAUGCAUUCAGAUGGAUAACUCUUCUCUUGACUCAAGAAUUCAGCUUCACAGACAGCCUCCAUAUUUGGGACAUUCUAUUAAGUGAUCCUGAGGGGCCACAGGAAACAUUGCUAAGGGUAUGUUGUGCAAUGCUUAUUCUUAUCCGAAGACGGUUGCUUGCUGGUGAUUUUACUUCCAAUCUCAAGCUUUUACAAAACUACCCCUCAACAAAUAUUAGUCACCUGCUAUAUGUUGCAAACAAGUUAAGGGCUCAUCCAACUAGCUAGGUUCUCUGUAUGACAUCUUCAGUUCCUUGUGAUUCUUUUCUUUGUUUUAUUUUUCAUACUUCUGCACAUUGUAGAAUACGGAGUACUUUUUUUUUGUAUGCUUAUUUUAUUUUUCUUUUAUUAUGUAAAUGUCUGUUUAAAUUGCAUUGGUUGAACACCCCCAUGUUUAUUGUCAA